AUAUUUUUGUUCGUAGCUUUAUUUAUUAAUUAACUACUUCAUGAACAACAUCUCACCCGCGUGUUAUCACAUUUCAGAUAACUCAGAACCUUUUAUUUUGUAAUCUCCAGAUCUAAUGAAGGUUACUAUUUACUUUUUACUAUUAAUAUUGUAUAAUGUUUAAUUUUCAGAUUGUUUAAGUGUUAUAAAAACCCCCUUGGAAUAUCUGUGUAGAUAACUAAGAAAUAUAAUGUUAUAUAUUUAAACCAAUAAGUGGGACUUCUAUUCAUUUUAUAACAAACAGCACAGAUAUUGUUAGGAUGACUAUAAAAAACAUAGAAAAACUGUUAGAAAAAUAUAUUGAUGAUGGUCAAAACAUAAUUGGAAGUGAAAUAACCAACUUAGUGGAACCUGGAGAAAAUUAUGGAGGAGAAUUAUUCAAGAUAUAUGUUACCAUACAAGAAACCAGUACCAAGAAGAAGGAUGUUUUACAUCUUGUCGGUAAGAUCAUUCCACAAAGUGAAGGAUCUCAAGCUGCAUUUAAUGUUCAAAUGACAUUCAAAUCCGAAAUAGCAUUCUAUGAGAAAAUUGUACCGGAACUUCAAAACUUCCAGAAAAAACAUAAUAUCCAAGAAAUUAUUAGUUGUUUUCCCAAGUAUUACGGAAGCAGGUUGAACUUAAAUGGGAGUGACAAAGUUGAUAGAGACGGUGUAAUAUUGCUGGAAAAUCUAAAGGUAAAAGGAUACCAUAAACUUGAUCGAUACAUUGGGUAUAACUUGGAAGAUACCAAAUUGCUUCUUAGAGAUCUAGCCAUAUUCCAGUCAACAGUAGUUGCUUUAAAAAUUAAAGAGCCCGAUGUAUUUAACAGAGAAGUUAAACCAUUUUGUAAUAACUAUAUGGUAAGAAGUGGGAGUAAUCCAUUUAAAAAAAUGGUCUUAGUCAUUGAAGAAAUCCUAGCAGAAUCAGAAGAAUGUAAACCAUUCAUUCCAAAGGUAAAAAGAGCGUGGGACAAAGGAGACAGUAAAACUGAAGUACGAGAACCCUUUGCAACGAUCUGCCAUCGAGACCUCUGGCUCAACAACACAAUGACCAAAUACGAAAGUGGGAAACCACCAAAGAACAUGUUUUUUGAUUUCCAAUUGUACGAUUACGGCUCACCUGCAGUGGACGUUCUAAAUUUCAUAUUUACCAGUGUCCAGACAGCUGUUGCUAAACAAUAUUUCGACGAUCUAUUACACCAUUAUCAUACAGAAUUUGUGUCCAACUUAGAACGUUUUGGAUGUGAUACAGAACCGUUUAGUUAUACAAACUUUCUGAAAGAGUUAGAGAUGGAGUCUGAAAUAGUUUUGGGCUGGACGAUGGAUUUUGUUAGUUUGGUAGUGUUUAGUAAAAAAGGCCAAAGCUUAGGAGAUCUUAAUCCAGAUUUUGAAGAUCCUAAAUUUAGGCAAAUGAUGAAGGACAGGAUGAUGCCAGAAGCCAAAGAAAGACUGCUUUGUAUAAUAAAUCAGUGUCAUAAAUAUAACUGGUUAUAAAUAA